AAUAUUAAUCCGAUUUUGGUUUGAUAAGUUUAGCUGUUUGGGAAAAAAAUACAUCCUGGGCUGAUUUUGAAGUUUCAUACAUUCAUAUACAUGACACAUUGACACGCAAACAGCCAAGAGCCAAGCCUUUCUCCCCUCCCCAUUAUCAGCUACCCACCAACCGCCAUGAAUGGAAGUAUUAAAACAUCGGCAAGAUUAGACAUCAGCAUGGGGCCCAUGAUGAUUUGUUAACCAUCUGAUCUAUUCUAGAGUUUAAGUGGACCAUUCAAGGCCGUCCAGAUCAACAACAAUAUCAAAGCUCAAUUCCGCAAUAAAGUGACCAAACGACUCACGUUUUUGAUACAUAACCUCUUUGAAAUUCAACUUUCCACCUACUGUAUCAAUAUUCUAUUGCUCAGAGUCGCGCCACCGUGGAGGGUGGAGCUAGUCAGCUAGGAGCUACGUAUUAAAAGUCAAAAAUGCCCUUGGUUGACAUUCGAUUCGCCGUUCUCUCGAGGCACUUCCGUCAAACGUGCAACAUGCGUAAGUUUUUCAAGCUUUUCAGAGACAAGUAAGCAACCGUCCGUUUCUGUUCGACUCUCUCUCUCUCUCUCUCUCUCUUCUUUCCAAAAUCAGAGAUUUGAUCCUUGAGAGAUAACAAAGGAAGCCCAAAAGAUAAUAACAAGGAGCUCACUGCCCCGUUGCUUUAUCUCUUCUUCGGAUUUUCAAUCUCGGCCUCCCCACUGUUCCAUUCUUACAUUAAAAAAAAAAAGUUCAAAGUUCAAACGCACCUAGCAAAAUCCGGCUCUCCUGACCAGCUCCGCUGCUGACUUCUUCGUCUCAAAACGGUGGUUUCUUCUGCGUUGGUUUGUCUGUGCUAUUUUCUUCUUCGUCGUCGUCUGGUUUAGCAUUUCUGUUUCGCAUUUGUUAUAGCCUUAUAGGAAGAAUACAUUAUUGAAAGUCUUGGACUUUGGGUUUAAUACAAACCUUUGGCUUUCUUGCUGUCUUAUAGUUAUUAUCCUUCCUAUCUUGAUAGUUGAGAUUUUUUCGAGAUCUGUCUGAGAACCCACUCUCUGAUAUCGAUCUUUUACGCCGGUUUUGGUGGUGGGCAUUGUCGUUCUCCGUUUUCUUUGUUGAAUUGAAUGUCAGCAUUAAAGAUUGGUCUUUUCAAUUCAGCUUUUCAGAAACCAACUUUAGGCUAUAGCGUCUGGGAUACCGAGUCGGUUAUUUCGUACAACCGUGGAGGUAUUUGUUUACCUGGAAAGCUGGUGGUUUUAGUGGAUUUCUGUUUUCUUUCUUUCCUUGGAUUUUUCAAUUUUCUCUCUUCUUUCCUUUUUCUUUUAUAUUAUAUAUAAUUUUUGCCGGUAUCUUGCUUUCCACUUGUCUGCAUUGCAUAGUGCUCUGCUCUUCUCCACGAUCUCAGCUUUUCUCGGAUAAACCGCUGGAUUUUUGCAGACCCCGUGAAACCCAGCUGCAAGUAACCGUUCUUUUUCCCACCUCAGUUUAGUAGAAAAAUAAGGCUAAAAAAAAAAAAAAACUCACUUUGUUUUAUAUAUAAACCCCACUGAUACCAUCCAUCUCGAAUCCCAUCCGCUUUUUGAUAACCUAUCUUGUUUAUUUGAAAAAUCGAAUUCUUUCGACCACCAUUUCUGGUGGUAUACGGUGAGGCAGUAAUCUUCCAUAAAAAAAAAGCAUGACAAGGCUCUGGUUUCUGUUGGUUUUCUUUUCUGUUCUGCUGGGCUCUAUUGCUGUUGAGGGUCUCGGUGUGAACUGGGGAACUAUGGCAACGCAUAAGUUGCCGCCUAAUACUGUAGUUCAGAUGAUGAAGGACAAUGGUAUAAAGAAGGUGAAGCUAUUCGACGCCGAUCAGAAUACAAUGAGUGCGUUGGCUGGGACCGAGAUUGAAGUGAUGGUUGCCAUUCCAAAUGAUCAGCUUGCGGUGAUGAACGACUACGGCAGAGCUAAAGACUGGGUUAAGAGAAACAUCACUCGUUAUCUUUUCAAUGGAGGAGUAAACAUCAAGUAUGUGGCUGUGGGGAAUGAGCCAUUUCUCGCCUCAUACAACAAUUCAUUUUUGAAUGUCACUUUCCCUGCUCUUCAGAACAUCCAGGAUGCACUGAAUGAGGCUGGCCAUGGAGACAGCAUAAAGGCUACUGUACCUUUAAAUGCUGAUGUCUAUAAUUCACCUUCUGAUAAUAGUGUCCCUUCUGCUGGAAGAUUUAGAUCUGAUAUCAGCGACCUCAUGACUCAGAUUGUGCAGUUCCUUAACAAGAAUAAUGCUCCCUUCACUGUCAACAUAUACCCUUUCCUAAGUCUCUAUGCCAAUGAAAACUUCCCCCUGGAUUUUGCCUUCUUUGAUGGGACACCAAACCCUCUACUUGAUAAUGGGAUACAGUACAACAAUGUUUUUGAUGCCAACUUUGAUACGUUGGUUUCAGCUCUCAAGGCUGUGGGAUUUGGCGAAAUGCCCAUUUUGGUUGGGGAGGUGGGUUGGCCCACAGACGGAGAUAAGAAUGCCAAUGUGGGUCUGGCUCAGAGGUUUUAUAAUGGUCUCUUGCCUCGACUUGCAGCUAACAAAGGCACUCCUUUACGACCUGGGUACCUGGAAGUUUACUUGUUUGGCCUGAUUGACGAAGAUGCCAAGAGUAUUGCUCCUGGGAACUUUGAACGCCAUUGGGGAAUCUUCAGAUAUGAUGGGCAGCCCAAAUACCAAAUGGAUCUCUCAGGUCAGGGCCAAAAUACUUUUCUCGUGGCAGCAAAGAACGUGAAAUAUCUACCUCAAAGAUGGUGUGUCCUCAAUCCAAAUGCCGAGGACCUGAGCAAACUUGGAGAGAACAUUAAUUUUGCUUGCACCCACUCUGAUUGCACUGCACUUGGCUAUGGGUCAUCUUGUGGCAACUUGGAUACUCAGGGGAAUGCUUCUUAUGCAUUUAACAUGUAUUACCAAGCUCAGAACCAGCAAGAUUUGAGCUGUAAUUUCCAAGGUCUGGCCAUGGUAACGACACAGAACGCUUCACAAGGGAAUUGUAACUUCACCAUUCAGAUCUCACCGUCUUCCCCCCUUGCGCCUUCACUAAUAGCAUCAGCAAUUCUGCUGGUAGUUGUGUUUUUCUUUGUCUAGUCAUUGUUGCUAUUAGAGAGCUCACAAUGUAACAGUUCUUAUUCUUGUUUAUUUGUUUAUUUUUGCUACUCUUUUCAUUUGCAUUGUAGACUUUUAGGUUAACGUGGUUCAUUAAAUUCUUUUAAUAAAUCCCACCUGGGUUUUGAGUUCCUUGAGCUGCA